AUGCGAGGCCUACCUCUCGUCCUCGUCGCGGAGGUCCGCCUAGCUUUCCAGACCUGUUCUAGACAACAUGUGGCCUCCAGAAGGACUCGUUUCAGUACUUUUCAACCACUACUGAAGAAGCCGCUUCCGCGCAGAAAGGUCGAGGCGCCUAUCCAGGUAGUCCACAGCCAGCUCCGAGCACAGAAGGAGGCUUCUCUCACCGACCGAGCAGCGAAAGAGAAUGCCCCCGCCAAGGGACAAGCCGCGAGCAGGAAAGACCUUGUUCCGGUCCAAGGGGAAGGGAGAGCUCUUCAAGAUGGCCGAAAGGUCGAGGUGCCAUUCAAAGUCAUACCGAGAGCCGACAUCACCCCAAACUUGACCCUGUCGCCGAAAGAACGACUGCACAUUGAGCAGCUGACGCGGAACCUCCCUCCUCGAACCGAGCCAAAAGUGUACAAGAAAAAGCUACGGAUAUACAGUGUAGGAAAUGGCAAGAUCUAUGCCAUCACAUUCUUGCGCUUUGCCGCCAUCUUCGCCCUGUGCUUGACCACGGUUGUCGUUGCACCAGCUCACUGGCUUAAUGGAAGCUCAGCCAUCACCGUUGCGGGAUUAUGGUUGGCCGGCUUUGUACCUUUCGCUUUCAUUCACUGGGCCCUGAGGCCGAUGAUAACCGAAGUGUUCCUCAGACUGCCACAGUCCGCGCAGCAUUCACCCAAGGCUGCAAUGGCGUACGCGAAAAGUUUACCUGCUGACGCCGUGCUGGAUUUGAGGUUUAUGAGGGCAACGACAUUGUCUGAUUAUGUAUCGGUGCGCCUGGACCACACGAAGCCUGUCAGGAGCCAUAUUCGUCCUGUAAACUUCGAAUGGGUUGGGCCAUUUGUUCACCGGGGAAGUUUCCUCAGGCCAAAUCCAACCCAGUUCUAUGUGCGUGCAGAGUCGGCAAGAGGAAAAGCAGCAUGGGAUGUCACUCCUGGUAUCUGGAAACAGGUUUACGAGCGACUGACUGGAAAUGAGAGCAGUUCUGUGGCUCGAUGGAGGCGGUGA